AUGAUAAGAUUAAUAAGUAUUUUCCUCAUUGGUGUUAUACUGUGUUAUGCAAGUGCUGACCCAACACCGCCAAAAUGGCCAGUUGCUUUUACUGAAAAUUUUAUGGAAACUAGUACGGUGCCGGGAGCUGGUACAAGUUCAAAUAUUACAGGUGUAUAUUAUUAUGAUUUUGAUAAAAAAUCGGUAAGAAUUGACCGUUCCACUGGAAAAUACGAUCGUUAUUGUGGAACAGCUAAAUUUCUACAGGAUGUACCAUGUACACAUUUAGUCGUUUCGGGUCUACGUUAUUUAGUAUUUCCAGAUCAAAAGGAUUGUUGCAUGUGUUGUACUAGUGAAAGUGGUUGUGGUAUUUUGAGUCCCGAUUGGCUAUCCGAUGCUCAAUUUGUUGGUUAUAAUACAUCGACUUCAAUUAAAUUUCAAAUAUGGAGUAAAAAAGGUAUACAAAAUAAUUUAUAUUGGCAAACAGAUCCAACAAACGUACCGUAUAUUAUUGAUCAACAACCAAAUGAUUUUAUGGAAUUCGAUCUAAAUAGUUACAAAGUCGGUUCAAUUGAUCCAUCCAUUUUUGUAUUACCACCUUACUGUUCAAAAACACACAAAUGUCCAUUGCUAUCUGCAACAUUUUCAACUAUAUAUGAAACACCACAAGUAAAUGGAUACUAUGAAUAUCGAGCACCAACUCAUGACCGCGUUCAAGUCAAACACGAAAGUAGUACACCAACAACUACUACUACAAUAAAAAAUGAAGAACUAAUGGGAAACGGUCAUCAUUCAAGUUCGGCGGAGGAUAUGAGUCAAGGAAAAGAUGUUGAAAAUUGGUCAUCACAUGAUGUUAAAAGAUGGAUUAAAAAUGAAUGUAAAAAAUUUGAAUUAAAGAAAACAAUUUGUGAAAAAUUUGAAAUGAAUGGACCUGGUUUGUCUUUAUUGACAAAACAUGAUUUCAUUCGUCGAGCACCUGACGGUGGUGAAGUAUUGUAUUACGCCUUACAGAAAUUAAUCAAUCCGAAUAAAGAGAAUGCCGCCCGUCUCGAUCAAAGUUUAAUUCGAAAUUCAUCGCGUCAAUGUCGUAUUGUGGAACUCGGAUCGGAUGCUGAAGAAGAAAUUGAAAAUGGUACAUCGUCAUCAGUGCCAAUUGUUGAAGAACCAGACGAUGUCACAUUUCCACGUUCACGACAGUCACGUUCAGAUACAGUCGGUCCUCACCGUAAUAAUAAUAAUUCAUAUAAUAAUUUUCAUAUGCCAUCACAUUUCAUUCAACCAGGAAUGGGUUACGCUCAUAAUCCGAUGAUGUAUGGUGUUGCACCACGUUUUUACCAUCCAAACGCUUCAUUUGCUCAUCCACAAGCAUUUUAUCACCAACAUCCAACGAUGUUACCCUAUCAGAGUUACAUUGGUAUUUUUAUUGAGGAGAUUAGUAAUCCGGCAACAACAGAAAAUAUACCAUCAGAUCUUCAUAAUGCUGUGCCUGAACAGCAGUUGUAUCUUGUCACUGUUAACGGUCACCAACAUGUAAUGAACGAAGCGAAAGUAAAUCAAUUUUUGCUUGAAGUACAACAGCAACAACAACAACAACAACAGCAGUACCAGUUUCAGCAAGCGCAAGCACAACAAGCUGCUGCUCAACAACAAGCUGCUGCUCAACAACAAGCUGCAGCUCAACAACACUUUGCUCAACAUCAAUAUCAACAGAGCCAAUCAUCAUCUAGUAACAACUUCAAUUCAGGUAAUAGAAAUCGUUCUACAACAACAAAUCCACAGAAUUCGAAUGGGGCAGCAUUCUAUUAUACUUAA